AUGACCGUUUCGACCCCUCGUUUCGAGAUCAUCAACAACAAUCUUCUACCUAACAUACCUACAUAUCGUCUCAUCUAUUCGUACUUCAGAAACACUGUCGUCAUCCUCUUCUCUUCACAACUCCAAGAUGGCCAAGAGCCCUUGUCACACCUCUGCCCUUCUACUGAUGCCUCCAACGUCGACUGGCCGAGGCACCAUGCUCUUUGUACUCCGGUUCGCCGUCCACUAUACGAAUUCACAAACACAUGGCCAUCUUGUCCAAACUGCAUGUAUCCUACGGAACAUCGCGGCCUCAACUCCGGCCUGCACUGUCCCGAAGCUUCAGUCGCUGGCAAGGGGACAAAGAAUGGCAGCGACCAACCGAGCUUCUGGAUGAUUUCCGCUUUUGUCAACCGCCUCUUCGUUGCAUCCACAACACAAACACUUGUGAUUCAACGCCGUCUAUUUUCUCACGAAACCCGGACCAUGCUCGACGAUAGAUCACUUAUGCAAAGGUGGCGAGACCCGGAGACCCAGGUCGAGCGCAAUGAGUCCCUCGCUCUCAGAUUGGACAAGAGAGAAGACAACGACCGAGACAAACAAAAUAGGCCUCGACUAAACCAGCAGACUUACCAAACCGCGGGCGUCUCUGUGUUAUAG